AUGGCACAGUCGAUGCUCAUGUCCGGCGUCAACGGCGUGGCCUCCGGCAGGAGCCUGCUGCAGGCGGCCCGGCCGUCGACGGCGUCCACGCCCUUCUCGCGGCUCGCGCUCUCCUCCUCGUCGGCGGCGUACUACAAGCACAUGCCGUCCCUCUCCGUCCGGACCAUGGCUCUGUUCGGCAAGUCCAAGACCAAGGCCGCGCCGGCCAAGAAGGUCGCUGCGCCCAAGCCCAAGACGGAGGACGGCAUCUUCGGCACGUCCGGCGGGAUCGGUUUCACCAAGGAGAACGAGCUCUUCGUCGGCCGUGUUGCCAUGAUUGGCUUCGCCGCAUCGAUCUUGGGAGAGGCCAUCACCGGCAAGGGCAUACUGUCCCAGCUGAACCUUGAGACCGGCAUCCCGAUCUACGAGGCGGAGCCCCUCCUCCUCUUCUUCAUCCUCUUCACCCUCCUCGGCGCCAUCGGCGCUCUCGGAGACCGUGGCAGGUUCGUCGACGAGCAGCCCACCACUGGCCUCGACAAGGCCGUCAUCGCCCCCGGCAAAGGCUUCCGCUCCGCCCUCGGCCUCAGCGAGGGAGGGCCGCUGUUCGGGUUCACCAAGUCGAACGAGCUGUUCGUGGGGCGGCUGGCGCAGCUGGGGAUCGCCUUCUCCAUCAUCGGGGAGAUCAUCACGGGCAAGGGCGCGCUCGCGCAGCUCAACAUCGAGACCGGGGUGCCCAUCAGCGAGAUCGAGCCGCUCGUGCUCUUCAACGUCGUCUUCUUCUUCAUCGCCGCCAUCAACCCCGGCACCGGCAAGUUCAUCAGCGGCGAGGAGGACGACUAG